AUGCAUUGUAGGAGCAGUGCUUGGACAAAGAAAGACAAGAAGCUACAUGUGAUCUAUUAUGCCAGCAGAACGCUUGAUGAGGCACAAUGCAAGUAUGCCACAACAGAAAAGGAGCUUCUAGCUAUUGUCUUUGCAUUUGAGAAGUUUCGAUCAUACUUGGUGGGAUCGAAAGUUAUAGUUCAUUCUGAUCAUGCAGCAUUAAGGUAUCUCUUAUCUAAGAAAGAUGCCAAGCCAAGAUUGCUGAGAUGGAUACUACUAUUGCAAGAAUUUGAUCUUGAGAUCAAGGAUAGAAGAGGAGCAGAUAAUGGAGUAGCUGAUCACCUUUCAAGGAUGAGAGUUGAAGAAAAUCUACCUCUUGAUGAUAGGCUACCUGAAGAAACAGUUUAUGCAGCUGAAGCUAGCAAUAAGCAUGGACAACUAAGCCAUCACAGGCCAGGAACAAAGAUCUCAUCAUCAAACACACCAUGGUUUCGCCACAUAGCAAACUUCCUUGCAGCUGAAUACCCACCACCAAACUUCUUUGGCUACAGAAAGAAGAAAUUUCUGCGUGAUGUAAGAAGGUACUACUGGGAUGAACCUUACUUAUACAAGAAAUGUUCAGAUGGAAUGUUUAGAAGAUGCAUCCCUGAGGAAGAAGUAGAAGGAAUAUUGUUUGCUUGUCAUAGUUCUAGCUAUGCAGGCCACUUUGCCACUUACAAGACAGUAUCCAAGGUUCUACAAGCUGGAUUUUGGUGGCCAACUAUGUUUAAGGAUGCUCAUGCAUUCAUAUCAAGAUGUGAUGCUUGCCAAAGAAUGGGAAAUAUAAGCAAGAGGAAUGAGAUGCCACAGAACUUUAUACUAGAAGUUGAAGUUUUUGAUGUUUGGGGCAUUGACUUUAUGGGACCCUUCCCAACCUCUUUUGGCGACCAAUACAUUCUAGUGGCAGUUGAUUAUGUCUCCAAAUGGGUGGAAGCCAUCGCCAGCCCUACUAAUGAUGCACAAGUGGUCAUCAAGAUGUUUAAAUCCAUCAUUUUCCAAGGUUUGGAGUGCCUAGGAUAG